AUGAGCGUGGUCCGUGUCCAGCCCCAGUCCCAGGUCUUCAGGGACGACGCAGCCCAGUGGUCCACUGGUCUGUGCUUCUGCUGCAGAGACUGUGGCCAGUGUUGCUGGUCUCUCUGGUGCUUUCCUUGUAUCUCCUGUUGGACCGUGAGGCGUAUGGAACAGUGUCUCUGUCUCCCCCUGCUGGACACUUUCUCUGCCUGCUGCUGCAUCCACCCCAUCGCCAUGACGACCCGAGCCACCACCAGGGAGCGCUACGGAAUCCAGGGCUCGUUCUGUGGGGACUGCCUGCUCUCCACCUGCUGCUGCUGCUGUGUUUACUGUCAGCUCUACAGAGAGCUGGAUCAUCGGCAGUUACCCAGCAUGCUCAGCGACAUCGUGCAGAGGAAGUGA